AUGAAUACACAUUCAAGUGAAGAAGUUCAAGCAUUUGGUCGACAGACAUCUGCUUCUAGUGAUGAAUGGAAUCAACAAACUAUUUAUGAUGCUCGUAAUGUUCUUCAAACUCAACAUACUAAUGAUACAUCACAACCAACAAAUGAACAACGAUCAGGAAAAAUUGCUAAACCACAAAUUUAUCCAAAUCAUAUUCUUCAUCCUGAAAUAAUACCAUCAUUGAAUGAAGUACCUGCUGAACUUAUUAAACGUCGUAAUGUUCGUUUUAAUGAUCCAUCAGCAAUCGAUUCAUUUGAAACAGAAAUGCCUCUUGAAAUAGCUAGUUCAUUACAAGAUGAACUCGAACGUGCUGUACAACAUAGAGUUGCUCAAGAUCGAAAUCAUGAUGAACAUACUAGUACAGUAACAAUAACUUCUGAAAACGAUUCAUCUCAAGAUUCUUAUGCUAAAGAACCUCAUCCAACACCGGCAACAAGUGAACUAUUUGAACAUACUCAUCGACAAACCCUAGCAAGAGCAUCAAUAUAUGAUAAAUCAAGUUUACGUGAAGUAUUUCAACGAAUAAAAAUUGCUGGUGAUUUUGAAGAUAUGUCACAUAUUGAAGAUUUAGAAGAUGCUGUUGGACCAUUACUUCGUGCUAUGGUUAUACGUGAAAAAUAUAUGAUUUUCAGUCUUCAAUCAUUUCCAACAACAGUUGCAAAAUUUUUAACAAAAACUUUAGAACAAGAAGAUCAAUCACGUCGUGCAUCAUCAACAAUACGGGCAAACACUGGUCUGGAUCAAACACAAUCACCUUUUUCAUCAUCUUCUUCCUCAUCAUCACUAAUAGCGAACGAUCCUCAUCCAUUUCAUCCACCAGUUAUUAAACGUGAAGAAGCAUUUAAUAUACCAGUACUUGAAUCAGUUGAUGUUUGUGUUAAACCUGAAAAAGGUAUUUAUCGUCUUUAUAUACCUGAUGAUACAAAAGGAUGGGUACCAGUGGAUUAUCUGGUUGUUGAUCGUAAUCAAUUUAUUGAUGAUUAUACACUUUUAUCAGCUAUGAUAACAGAUGGACCAUUAAAAUCAUUUUGUUACCGUCGUUUACAAUAUCUUAAAGCUAGAUUUGAAUUACAUUGUUUACUUAAUGAAGUUAAAGAAUGGGCAGCUAUUAAAUCAACACCACAUAGAGAUUUUUAUAAUGUACGAAAAGUUGAUACACAUAUACAUGCAGCAUCAUCGAUGAAUCAAAAACAUUUAUUACGUUUUAUGAAAAAGAAAAUGAAAACAUCUGGUGAUAUGAAUGUUUAUAAAACAAAAGAUGGACGAGUAAUGACAUUAAAGGAAGUAUUUGAUGAAUUAAAAAUUACAGCUUAUGAUUUAAGUGUUGAUAUGCUUGGUGUUCAUGCUGAUCGAAAUACGUUUCAACGUUUUGAUCGUUUCAAUGCUAAAUAUAAUCCACUUGGUCAAAGUGCUUUAAGAGAAAUUUUUAUUAAAACUGACAACUAUAUUGAAGGUGUAUUCUUUGCUGAUUUAUUAAAAGAAGUUAUGUCUGAUUUAGAAGAUAGUAAAUAUCAACAUGCAGAACUUCGUUUAUCAAUAUAUGGUAAAAGUAGUGAUGAAUGGGAUAAAUUAGCUAAAUGGUGUGUUACAAACACAAUGUAUUCAGCAAAUGUUAGUUGGAUGGUACAAAUACCUCGUCUUUAUGAUGUUUAUCAUGCAAAUGGUAUAGCAAAAAAUUUUCAAGAAUUUUUAACAAAUUUAUUUCAACCAUUAUUUGAUGCAACAAUUGAUCCAUCAUCACAUCCAGAUUUAUUUCGUUUUAUGCAUCAUUUAACAGGUUUUGAUUCUGUUGAUGAUGAAACCAAACCUGAAAGACCAAUUAUUACGGCUGAUAUGCCACAUCCAGAAGAAUGGAAUAUGAAAGACAAUCCACCAUACGUUUAUUAUUUGUUUUAUAUGUAUGCAAAUAUUCUUUCAUUAAAUCAACUUCGAAGAGCUCGUGGUUUAAAUACGUAUCAAUUUCGUCCACAUUGUGGUGAAGCUGGUGCUGUUACACAUCUAGUUACAGCUUAUAUGGUUGCUGAAAAUAUUUCACAUGGUUUACUUCUACGCAAAACUCCUGUAUUACAAUAUUUAUUUUAUUUAUGUCAGAUUGGUAUUGCAAUGUCACCAUUAAGUAAUAAUUCCUUAUUUAUUAAUUAUAAUCGUAAUCCAAUGUUGGAAUAUUUUGAACGUGGUUUAUGUGUAUCAUUAUCUACAGAUGAUCCAAUGCAAUUCCAUUUUACCAAGGAACCUUUAAUGGAAGAAUAUUCAAUUGCUGCACAAGUCUGGAAAUUAUCAUCAGUUGAUAUGUGUGAAUUAGCUCGAAAUUCUGUUUUAAUGAGUGGUUUUUCUCAUGAAGUUAAAAUGUAUUGGCUUGGACCAGAUUAUCAAGAAUCUGGUGUAGCUGGUAAUGAUAUACGUCGAACUAAUGUUCCAGCUAUUCGUAUUGCAUAUCGUUAUGAAGCAUUAUGUGAAGAACUUCGUUUACUUGGUAAUGCUUAUAAAUGUCGACAAGAGCGUAAAGAAAAAGAGCGACGUUUACAGCAAAUGCAAGCAAAAGCACCAUCAUCAACUAAUCUUGAACGUGCUGUUUUAAAUAAUGGUAAAAAUGAAUCAACAUCUAAUCUACAAAGUCUUCUGUCAUCAACAAACAAUGACAAUAAUUACAAUAAUGGUACCAAUGGAACAAACAAUUCUAAUCAUGAUGUCUCAGUGUUCUGA